AUGUCUUUGAAAGGAAAAAAAGUUGUUACGAUUGGUGUUAAAAGAAAGAGAAUUACAUCAACAAUUGUAACCAACAAACGACAUAAUAAUGAAAAUAAUAAUAUAACGCCAACAACUUUCACUAAUCUUGCGACAACAAAUGAUUUCAUCAAAUCUCGCAAAAUUUGUAAUUAUCAUGAUGGUAAUGACAAUGAUUUCGGAAACAUGAUUUCUCCUCUUUCCGAAUGGUCCAAUUGGAGUUAUCAUACCAAUAAUAGAGAAUGUAAUUCUGCGAAAAAUAUAUCCGAUAAAUUUUCCAAGAAGGAUAUACGUUUUCAACGGCUUUUUAACUAUACUGAUCAAUUUCAUUUUUUGCCACGAAAAUUGCACGGUCUUUUACGCCAUCGUCACGUUAAAUUAACAAACGUGAAAUGCAUUAACAGUCCUAAUAAUACGAUUUCGCCUGCAGAAAACUGGCGAGACGAACAAACAGCGGUGCAUCCUUGUAAUUUGAAGCGAAAACUAUGUGAAUUUAAAUUGUCACGUAUCUCAUUAAAGAGCAUAAAAAUCAUUAAUCAAGUUAAUGACGAAUUUAUUGCUGCGUGGAUGAUGUACGACGAAAUGAAAAUUCUAUUAAUGAUAGAUCAACAUGCCGUCCACGAGAGAAUACGUUACGAAAAUUUACUUUUUAAAUACAAGGGACAGGACGAAGACGAAUUGCUCUCCAUCAACUUGCGCAAUCCUCUGACCAUGAAAAUUUCUACAAAGACACGCGAUUUACUCCUACGCCGUAAAAUGUUACUGAAAAAGUACGGAAUAAAUUUAGGGUCGUUAAAGGAAAAUACAAAACUGCUAAUACGCACGAUACCGCAAUGCUUGGUUACGAAUAAUAAUGAUCGUUACAAUAGCGAAAAAAUAUUGCCGAAGAUUUAUAGUUUAUUAAAUGACAUACUCAAAAACUGUAGUACAACAAGUCGUGCAAACACAUUACCACUAACUAUCCAUAACGCUAUAGCAUCGGAAGCUUGUCAUGGUGCCAUCAAAUUUGGUGAUAAACUAACCCUGGAACAGUGUACAUAUCUUAUGAAAUUGCUGAACUUUACAAAGUUUCCGAAUCGAUGCGCACAUGGACGACCAACUAUAAUACCUGUGAUGGAACUUUCGGAAUUAGAAAAAAGGAGCGCCAGGAUAUCUGAGGUACGUGUAAUAUCCGAUGAUUGCAUUUUUUCCAAUCUUUAUUACAAAGAUAAAUUUAUAUAUGAUUCGAGAUUACGUCACAUUUCUUUUCUAAUAAUUUUAAUUCAUGUAUACAUUACAUAG